UCCCCGUGUCUGGUCCCCAGGAUCCGGCGCUAAGAAACAGGGCGAGGACUUAGCGGAUAAUGACGGGGAUGAAGAUGAAGACAUCCGGGACAGUGGUGCUAAGCCCGUCAUGGUCUACAUCCACGGAGGCUCUUACAUGGAGGGGACGGGCAACAUGAUUGACGGCAGCGUCCUCGCCAGCUAUGGCAACGUCAUCGUCAUCACCCUCAACUAUCGGGUUGGGGUGCUAGGUUUCCUGAGCACUGGCGAUCAGGCUGCCAAGGGCAACUAUGGGCUCCUUGACCAAAUCCAGGCCCUCCGCUGGGUGAGCGAGAACAUUGCCUUCUUUGGUGGCGAUCCCCGCCGUAUUACUGUCUUCGGCUCGGGUAUCGGCGCGUCCUGUGUCAGCCUCCUCACGCUGUCGCAUCACUCUGAGGGGCUUUUCCAGAGGGCCAUCAUCCAAAGUGGUUCUGCCCUGUCCAGCUGGGCUGUGAACUACCAGCCGGUGAAGUACACCAGCCUGUUGGCAGACAAGGUAGGCUGUAACGUGCUAGACACGGUGGACAUGGUGGACUGUCUUCGUCAAAAGAGUGCCAAGGAGCUGGUAGAGCAGGACAUCCAGCCAGCCCGCUACCAUGUGGCCUUUGGCCCCGUGAUUGAUGGCGAUGUCAUCCCUGAUGACCCUGAGAUUCUCAUGGAGCAGGGCGAGUUCCUCAACUAUGACAUUAUGCUAGGUGUCAACCAGGGCGAGGGGCUCAAGUUCGUGGAAGGGGUGGUGGACCCUGAGGAUGGCGUCUCUGGCACUGACUUUGACUACUCAGUCUCCAACUUUGUGGACAAUCUGUAUGGCUAUCCUGAGGGUAAGGACACCCUGCGGGAGACCAUCAAGUUCAUGUACACAGACUGGGCAGACCGUGACAAUCCAGAGACCCGCCGCAAAACACUGGUGGCGCUCUUCACCGACCACCAGUGGGUGGAGCCCUCGGUGGUGACCGCUGAUCUGCACGCCCGCUAUGGCUCCCCUACCUACUUCUACGCCUUCUACCAUCACUGCCAGAGCCUCAUGAAGCCUGCUUGGUCAGAUGCAGCUCAUGGGGAUGAAGUACCCUACGUUUUUGGUGUCCCUAUGGUAGGCCCCACUGACCUCUUCCCCUGCAAUUUCUCCAAGAAUGACGUUAUGCUUAGUGCUGUCGUCAUGACCUACUGGACCAACUUUGCCAAGACCGGGGAUCCCAACAAGCCGGUCCCCCAGGACACCAAGUUCAUUCACACCAAGGCCAACCGGUUUGAGGAAGUGGCCUGGUCCAAAUACAAUCCCCGAGACCAGCUCUACCUUCACAUCGGGCUGAAACCAAGGGUCCGUGAUCAUUACCGGGCCACCAAGGUGGCGUUCUGGAAACACCUGGUGCCCCACCUCUACAACCUGCAUGACAUGUUCCACUAUACGUCCACAACCACCAAAGUGCCGCCCCCGGAUACCACCCACAGCUCCCACAUCACCCGCAGGCCCAACGGCAAGACCUGGAGCACCAAGCGGCCGGCCAUCUCCCCUGCCUAUAGCAAUGAGAAUGCCCAAGGGUCCUGGAAUGGGGACCAGGAUGCAGGGCCGCUCCUGGUGGAGAACCCUCGUGACUACUCCACCGAAUUAAGUGUCACCAUCGCUGUGGGGGCCUCCCUCCUGUUCCUUAACGUUCUGGCCUUCGCCGCCCUCUACUACCGCAAGGACAAACGGCGUCAGGAGCCUCUGCGGCAGCCCAGCCCUCAGAGGGGAGCCGGGGCCCCCGAAUUGGGAGCUGCUCCUGAGGAAGAGCUGGCAGCAUUACAGCUGGGCCCCACCCACCACGAAUGUGAGGCUGGUCCCCCCCAUGACACACUGCGCCUCACUGCGCUACCUGACUACACGCUGACCCUGCGUCGCUCCCCUGAUGACAUCCCACUCAUGACACCCAACACCAUCACUAUGAUUCCCAACUCCCUGGUAGGGCUGCAGACAUUGCACCCCUAUAACACCUUUGCCGCAGGGUUCAACAGUACUGGGCUGCCCCACUCACACUCCACUACCCGGGUAUAGCUCCAGCCCAGAGCACAGCCUCUCUCCUGGCUCCCUCCCUCCCAGAUCCACAGACACACAUGCACACACACACACACACACAGACAUAUAUGUAUACGCACGCACCCACACCCGACAGCAGACCCACCUGCACAAACAUAGACAGAUGUGGACAUGCACCCGCAUGUACAAGAACACAAAUAAAGAAGUAAACCUGAACAAACCCUUCAAAUGGGGACACAAGUGAGUCCUUGGGAAACCGAGGACCUGUGCAACAGCAGCUGAAGCCAGCUCCCUGAGCCUGAUCACAGACACUCCUGGGGGCCCGAAAGCACCAGCUGGACACCCCCUUGGUGCUCGCCUUCCGCCUCUCUUGGAACUGCACCACCCACCAACUCCAGACUUGGGAGCUUUAAAGAGCAGAGUAGCUCUUUCUCCCCCAGACUUGGUCUUUUUUCUGGGUCUUGUUUUUGUUGAUUUUUUAAAAUAAUUUUGGAACACAUGCCUCUCCAACCCAUGAGUGCAAAGAGGCUCCGGAAGGGAGGCACCAGGCCCAUGUCUGUCUGGCUCUGGCACCCCCAGGGCUCACACAAUCCGGGCGAGGAACAUGACCCCCAAGAAAGAAACAGAUUCGAGCAAGACCAUGGGGUGGAAGGAGGAAGGGGCUACCGCUGGAUGGGGUUGGAGGGCCACAGGGGAGAACUCUCCAGCCACCUCUGUGUCCCUGUGGAGGGCUACAGAGACUGCAGGGUGACCUGCUUUCCCCUAAAGGCCAGGAACACCGGCCUGGCUAGACCAGGGGACCCUACCUAGAUUUGGUGAAUGAGGUUCUGGUGGAGGCCGUUGUUAUCAGGGCCCCUGGGUGUAAUCUGGGUUCUGCCUCUGCCCUUGGGGUAAUGGUAUCAGAAAUUCGCCCCAUUUUCUUUACAGAGUCUCUUUUGUGUCUGUCAUUUCUCUUUCAAAAAGGCGGUUUUUUUUUUUUUUUUGUUUUUUUUUUUUUUUUUAAAGAAAAGUUCUUAAAACACUAACGGAAA